AUGAACUCGGGCCUCAUCGCCAUUGCUCUAGUCAUUAGAUCCGGUGUUGGCCCAAGGUUCGUUUAUCACUAUCCUCCACACCCGACUGAGCAAGCCUCGCAACGAGAGACGCGAUUUGGCACAGAAUUGGACAUAAGCGACGAAGGAGACGAUGAUGAUGAGCCUGGAGAUAGCGACGAUUCUGAUCUAGAGGACGGUGGCUUUCAGCUCCAUCAAACCUUUGGGAAGUUCAAUCUGGGCGGGAAGAUCAGCAAGAAAAGGCAACAUCACGUGGAUCUACUAGAGGCAGACGAUCACUAUGAUUCCCCCAGCGGAGAGCAUAUCGUUCCAUGGGAGCAUCUAGGAGAGUUUUCGACUACAGAUUUGGAGAUGAUCCUCACGCCAUCAAGAGCUUUCCACAAGAAGAAGUUCGAGUUGUCUCUCGAUCCACUUCACUUUGUAUCCUACCCAAUGCAUAUCCGCGAGGAUGGUCUCUGGAAGAAAAGAAAGCUGAAGAGUAGCAAAAAGUCCAAGAAGGAGUCUUCCGAAGCUGGAUCUAGCGAGGGAAAAUCUGCAGAGAAUGAGAAAAAGGAAGAGUGCACCAAGGAUAAGCAGGCAGAUUCCGAUGAUCACGACGAUCAUGGUGAGAUGACCAUGUUCAACGUCGUGUUCGUUCUUAAUGUCCCCAAAGACGAAGCGGACGAACGUAUUCUUGACAUGUAUGAGCAUGUUAUAAAAAAGUUCAACAAGGCACUCAAGCAUGCCCAGGCUCAGAGCAAUUACGUUUGGAAGGAGUCCGAGCUGAUUCUGGCCAUGAAGGAGAAGGCUCGCGAUGAGCGUCGUCCGAUGAGUUGGCUAUGGAACCAGAUCCUGGGCCAAUCUACCCUUGCUGGUGCAAUUCGAGACGUAUUUACUGCGAUCUCUAACAGCAAGAUAGCUACUGUCCAUCUGGCAACUACGCCACCUCUCGAUCUGUCGUUGCAAAUUCCUGUACCCUCAUUCCUCACCAGACUACCAGAUUCCACCGAGAGAGCUAUGCCGGGACUUUUGGUUACCACUGCCAACCCUCUCAUCGACGAAGAAGGUGUUGCCGACCCGACACAUCUCAACAAGCACUUCGCUCUGCUCCUAUUGGACGAUGAGGAUAAGAUCAUUGCAGAGAUACAAAAUGAUAACACAGAACUAUCGGCCCCCUUGAUUGAAUGUAUCAGACUCUGCAAGCCGACUUUGUCAUUCCUCCAGAUUGCUCAGGCCAAUUCCGUUGAGCUACCAAGUCUUCUCAUCCUCGCUCAGCAUCUGAUCUACUGGCGUCGAGCUAUUGCAAUCCCCCCUCUUCAUGCGCGUGAGACUUACAUUGUUUCGCCUAACUGCGACAAUCAUAAGCUACCAGCGGCCAGCAUUGCUUGGAAAAAGGCAUUUACCCUUGCACCAAACCUUCCCUACUUCCUUGCGCAUCUCUCCGCUGCCCCGCGACCCUACAAAACCUUCUUCCCCAGCAAGAACCAUCGCGAAACUUACCUGGAGAUGCUUGGAUGGCUCAUUCGUGGCGGAUGGGCUACGCAACUCCGUACUUUCGCAUGGAUUCUCGUAUGGCCCGAGAUCAUUUAUGAAGUUGAAUAUGCGCUCAAGGCUGAAGCUUUGCAAAAGAAGGCUAACAGCACUAACAACACCACGCCUGAGAAUACGUCGUCUGAGUCUCAUGAUUCGACAGAAGAGUCAGGGUCGGACAAAGGGAAAGGAAAGGAUCCAUCAGCUCCGCUCACUACUGAGCAAGCUGCGGAAAAUGCACGAUUGGAGCGACUUGCUGCGAAAGCUGCUGCAGAGGCCGCCGCUGAUGCGGCUGAAUUCUCAAAGAAGCCACUUCCGGUUGCGACUGAACACCCGAGCAACAAUAAGGCAGAACACCUAAAGAACAUCUCGCCCUACAUCAUCGUCGAUCCUCAUAAGGUUUCCCACGAAGAGUCGCUGUACAUUGCUGCUAUUGGAAAGCGCUUCGAAGACACAAAAGUCAAGGAGUGUUGGCUGAAGUUCUCCAAGUACUUUAAUGGUAACGAGUCAUUGGAGAUGAUUGGCUUGCGAGAGGGUAUGAAACGCAAAGAGGCCUGGGGAAUCAUCAUGAACUUUCAAGAGCACCUGCUCAUCACCAAGCAUUGGUGA